CGGCUUCAACCCCUCCGAUCCAUCCUCCGACUCUGAUGUGAAUUUAUCCCUUUGUUCCGUGGUUCAAAUUUUUUUUGCCUCCUCUGGUAUCAUGGCUGAUCAGGCGCGUCACCAGGAGCCACAGCAGGACGACAACCACCCCGCGGCGGCGCCGAUUGUUGACAAAACCACAGAACCAAUCACUAUUGACAUUGAUACCUCUGAAAAGGGGUCGACCGAUUUUUCGUCAAAUGUCAAUUCGCUAAACAACGAUAGAUCGGACGAGAUGGAGGGUGCUGAGCUGCGGAAGAGACCUGAUGUGGAUCGGUCGAAGAGUUAUGCGACAACCACCAGUGCGAUUACACAAACCGAUUCGCAUGUGGAUGAUGUUGCGCAACAGAAACCAUGGUACAAGAAGAUGAAUCCUCUGCGAUGGGGUGGUAUUUCUCCUGUCCCAGAGACCAGAGAGCAGUCAAGAGAGUAUACAGCUGGAUUUUUGAGCCUGGUUUAUUUUCAAUGGAUUGCGCCACUCAUGGCUGUAUGUCAACUUGCCUGAUUUAUAUUCCAAUUGAUCCAUCUGCUAACUUACACAUAUAGGCUGGUUACGAGCGACCUCUUGAGCAAAAGGAUAUAUGGACUGUCAACCCUCACCGAACAACUGAACUCAUGACUGAGAAACUCCAAGCUUCUUUCAAGAAGAGAGUGGCGAGAGGAGAUAAAUACCCACUUGUCAUGGCCCUACACGAGACUUUCAAGAAGGAAUUCUGGAUUGGAGGUUCAUGUCAGCUCGUCGCCAAUAUCUUCCAAGUCAUUUCCCCAUUUACGCUUCGGUAUCUCAUUCAAUUCGCUUUGGACGCCUAUAUUGCGCAACGAGCCGAACAACCAGCACCACAUAUUGGUAAGGGACUGGGCUUGGUAUUUGGGAUUACUUUUAUGCAAAUGAUUCAGAGUUUGGGUACCAAUCAUUUCAUAUACCGUGGUAUGAUGGUCGGGGGAGAAUCUAGAGCGGUCCUCAUCUCGGUCAUCUUUGAAAAGUCCAUGGUAAUUUCUGGCCGUGCCAAAGCUGGUGGUCGUGAGAUCAAGCAAGGCCCCGAGGAGAAAACAAGCGAAGAGCCCAAGAAUUCCAAGUUCUCUUUCAAAAAGUCAAAACCAGAUAAGAAGGGCGCCAAGGUCGAUCCAAAUGCUGGAAAGGGUAUUUCUGGAGAUGGUACUGGUUGGUCAAACGGUCGAGUGGUCAAUCUCAUGAGCGUCGAUACGUAUCGGGUUGAUCAAGCUUCUGGUCUAUUCCAUUUGAUUUGGACUGGUCCUCUCUCCUGUCUUAUCACAUUGGUCUUGUUGAUUGUAAACUUGGGAUACAGCGCGUUAGCAGGUUUCGCACUUCUUGCCCUUGGGUUCCCUCUUCUGACUAAAGCGGUCAAGUCUCUAUUCGUGCGCAGAAAGGGCAUUAACAAAAUUACGGAUCAACGUGUCAGUCUCACUCAAGAAAUCCUACAAGCUGUAAGAUUUGUCAAAUUCUUUGGUUGGGAAAGCGCCUUCCUCAAGCGAUUGGGUCAAGUUCGGGAUCGGGAAGUAACUGCUAUUCAAGUUCUACUUACCAUUCGAAAUGCCAUCAAUGCCGUCUCGAUGUCUAUGCCAAUUUUCGCCUCGAUGCUCGCUUUCGUUACAUACUCUCUCACCAGUCACAACCUCAAUCCUGCGCAUGUCUUUUCAUCACUCGCUCUUUUCAAUAGUCUCAGACUUCCUCUGAAUCUCUUACCGCAAGUCAUUGGCCAAGUUACUGAUGCCUGGUCUUCGAUAUAUCGUAUCCAAGAGUAUCUGCUGAGCGAAGAGCAAGAAGCUGACGCUAAAUUUGACCGGGAUGCCAAGAACGCUGUUGACAUGCACAAUGCUGAUUUCACCUGGGAACGAACCGCGACGCAAGACCCCGACGGUAUACCAGUAGGCAAACCACUUAACAAGGCGGAACUCAAAGUCGAAAAGGCUGCCAAGAAGCAAACAAUCAAGGAUGAAAAGAAAGCUGCCAAGAGUUUACCUUCUGGUGAUACCACUCCGGAUGAUGGGGCGACACUCAGCGAGGACCGGGAACCUUUCAAGUUGCACAAUAUGAAUUUUUCAAUUGGUCGUAAUGAAUUGGUUGCUGUUAUCGGUGGCGUUGGCAGUGGAAAGAGUUCGCUACUUGCUGCGCUUGCUGGUGAUAUGCGGAGAACCAAGGGUGAUUUAUCGUUGGGUGCUAGUAGAUCCUUUUGUCCUCAAUAUGCGUGGAUCCAGAAUGCUACUGUCAGAGAGAACAUCUUAUUUGGGAAAGAGAUGGAAGACGGAUGGUAAGCCUGCAUUUUUCCCUUUUCACGUCCUUUUUUCGCUAACAUGUGUUGUAGGUAUCGUGCAGUUAUCGAUGCAUGUGCUCUCAAGCCAGAUCUGGAUAUGCUUCCUCAAGGAGAUGCCACUGAAAUUGGUGAACGCGGUAUCACGGUCUCUGGAGGUCAAAAGCAAAGACUCAAUAUCGCUCGUGCCAUUUAUUUCGAUUCGGAUUUGAUUCUCAUGGAUGAUCCCUUGUCUGCUGUCGAUGCUCAUGUUGGCCGUCAUAUCUUUGAUAACGCUAUCCUUGGUCUCUUGAAAGAUAAGGCAAGAAUUCUUGCCACUCAUCAACUUUGGGUUCUCAAUCGCUGCGAUCGGAUUAUCUGGAUGGAAGAUGGACGUAUUCAAGCUAUCGAUACCUUUGACAACCUUAUGGCAAAUCAUCCCGGCUUUCAACUCUUGAUGGAAACCACCGCUAUUGAAGAAAAGCAUGAGGCCCAGGAUCACGCCAACGAUGACGAGAUUGAGGACAAGAAAAAGACCCAGAAGAAGAAAAAGAAUGCCAAAGCUCUGAUGCAAGCGGAAGAGCGAGCAGUGAAGAGUGUUCCUUGGUCUGUCUACGCUGAUUAUGUUCGAGCUUCUGGAACCAUUCUCAACGCUCCCAUGGUCAUCUUGUUAUUGAUACUCUCUCAAGGUGCAAACAUCGGUACAAGCCUUUGGCUUUCUUGGUGGACUAGUGACAAGUUCGGCUACUCGAGGGGUGUUUACAUUGGUGUUUAUGGAGCUCUAGGUGCCUCUCAGGCACUUCUGCUUUUCUUCUUCUCGCUCGCCUUGACUUUAAUGGGUACCGUUGCAAGCAAGACUAUGCUCAACAGAGCAAUCACUCGAGCGCUCCGAGCACCAAUGUCUUUCUUUGAUACCACUCCUUUGGGACGCAUCACCAACCGCUUUUCUCGAGACGUGGAUGUCAUGGAUAAUACUCUCACCGACGCUAUACGAAUGUACUUUCUCACUAUGGCCAUGGUCUUGUCGGUAUUCGGGUUAAUUAUCGCGUAUUUCCAUUACUUCGCCAUCGCCCUGGUACCUCUAUUUUUUCUCUUCAUAUUUUCCGCCGGCUACUAUCGUGCAUCGGCUCGAGAAAUGAAGCGAUUCGAGUCUGUACUUCGGUCCAACGUCUUUGCCAAAUUCAGCGAGGGGAUUUCUGGAACUGCCUGUAUUCGCGCCUAUGGACUGAAAGAUCGAUUUAUUGUCGAUAUUCGUGACUCGAUCGAUGAGAUGAAUAGUGCGUACUUUCUCACGUUCGCCAAUCAGCGCUGGUUAUCAACGCGACUUGAUAUCAUCGGUAAUUUGUUGGUCCUUGUUACUGGUAUAUUGGUGGUAACUUCCCGGUUCAAUGUUUCUCCUUCGAUUGCUGGUCUGGUUCUCAGUUAUAUUUUGUCCAUCGUUCAGAUGAUCCAAUUUACGGUUAGGCAAUUGGCAGAGGUCGAAAAUGGUAUGAAUGCCACUGAGCGUAUCCAUUACUAUGGCACACAACUCGACGAGGAAGCUCCAUUGAAAACCAUCGAUGUACGCGAAUCCUGGCCUGAAAAGGGAGAAAUCAUCUUCGAUAACGUCCAAAUGAGAUACCGUGCCAACCUCCCACUGGUCCUUUCUGGUUUGACAAUGCACGUCCGAGGCGGAGAACGUAUUGGUAUCGUUGGUCGUACAGGCGCAGGAAAAUCCUCCAUCAUGUCUACUCUUUUCCGGCUUAUCGAAUUGUCUGCUGGCUCCAUUACCAUUGACGGUCUGGACAUUAGUAUCAUCGGUCUUCACGAUCUUCGCUCUCGUCUCGCUAUCAUCCCGCAAGAUCCUACACUGUUCAAAGGCACAAUCCGCACCAAUCUCGACCCGUUCAACGAGCACACCGACCUGGAACUCUGGUCUGCCCUCCGGCAAUCCGAUCUCGUCUCCGAACACGCCUCUCUCGAUGACAAGUCACCCGGUCGCAUCCAUCUCGAUGGAAUCGUCGAGGAUGAAGGCCUCAAUUUCUCUCUCGGACAACGCCAAUUGAUGGCUCUCGCGCGCGCCCUGGUCCGGGGCAGUCAAAUCAUCGUCUGCGAUGAGGCGACGAGCUCCGUGGACAUGGAAACAGACGAGAAGAUCCAGCGCACCAUGGCAACGGCCUUCAAGGGCAAGACGUUGCUGUGCAUCGCGCAUCGGUUGAAGACGAUCGUCGGAUACGAUCGCAUCUGCGUCAUGGAUCGGGGGAUGAUUGCGGAGCUGGAUACCCCGUUGACGCUCUGGAGACGGGAGGAUUCGUUGUUUCGGGGGAUGUGUGAGAGAGGGGGGAUUCGGAGGGAGGAUUUGGAGGGGUAG